CGUGCUUGAGAGUCCGCCAGUGGCCACGGAGAUUUGUGCUAUGCCGACAGUCUCGGGUUUCCAGGGCGAAGGAACGUUGCCACACUUCAAACUUGGAACACUCGUAUCCGCACGUGCGGUUUGGUCGGGAUCCGGCUGAUGCUUCGAGAACACGGGAGCGAGCACGACAUGCCAUUUGUCAGGGUGCCAUCUGGGCCUCUUAUGUAUCCUUGAAUGACUCUAAGUUUGACCCCGUCCCACCGUCAUAUCUGGAGUUCUAGGACAAGACAUCCAUUGCCACGGGACCGGUGCCAAAUUUCCACCUCCAUGUUGCAUCUGUCUCAACGCACUGCCACCAACCUACUCCAGUUCAAUCCCUUCACAGUGGCUGCCUAAACUGAUAUCACUCCUUUACCAUACCAAAACACUCGUUCACAGAAAUCGGCACGAUGACGACCUCCAAAGAUACGGAUUCACUGGAGACAACAGAGCGAACAUGUUUUGGAAUACCUCUCUCUGCACUGGCGGUGUGCGUUGCCUUGUCCGUCACUGUCGGGCUGAUUGGCAUGGAUGGCACAAUUGUGGGUGUAGCAACUCCUGAAAUCACGACCGAUCUCGGAAGUCUUGGUGAUGUUGGUUGGCUCGGAUCUGCCUACUUUUUGGCUGCAGCAGCAUCUCAACUUGUCUUUGGCGCCCUUAACCGAGUAGUGCCACACAAACAUGUCUACAUUGCUGGAAUCUUCCUGUUCGAGCUCGGUUGUCUGCUUGCCGGACUAGCGAACACAUCUACAAUGUGCAUCGUUGGUAGAGCGUUUUCUGGCCUAGGCUGUUCUGGAGUUGUAUCAACCUCACUGGUACUCGUAACCGAAAUUCUGCCACCUGCCCGCCUCCCACUCAUGAUCGGAGUCUUGGGUGCUAUGGAGUUGGUCGGCCAGAUUACCGGCCCUCUCAUCGGUGGCGCCCUGACGGAUAACGCAUCAUGGAGAUGGUGCUUCCUGAUAAAUGUACCCAUGGGAACAGUGGCUGGUGCAGUCGUUUUCUUCUUACUCAGGACCCACCGAAAGCCUUGGAAAACGAUCUUCCAAGAGCUGAAGUUGAUUGACGGCAUCGGCAUUCUCAUCUUGACUCCGGCCAUUGCUCUCAUUUUGUUCGUCGUUCAGUCUGGAGGCAACACGUUCGCAUGGAACAGCGCAGAGUCCAUCAGCAUGUUGACAGUGGGGUUCGCUCUCUUCGUGGCGCUCGUAUUCUGGGAGCACCGAAAGGGCGAGGCAGCUGUCAUUCCCCUGGCACUGUUCAAGAACCGCAGCAUCUCUUUCGCCGCAGCUUUUGCUGUAACGGCUGGUAUGGCUAUGGCUUUGUUUGACUACUACAUCCCGCUCUGGAACCAAGUUAUCAAAGGCUACUCAGCCGCACGCUCUGGUAUUCUACUUUUACCCCUAAAUGCUUGCUCCGCUGUUGGUGUGAUGGCAGGAGGCCUUCUGGCGAACACCAUCGGGCGCGCGAACCCAGUUAUGCUUCUCGGUGGUACUCUAACGGCCAUCGUAUCUGGUCUUUUCAGCACCAUUACUAUGGCAAGUACUGACUCCCGUAUCAUGGGAUUCUCGGCACUGGCGGGUUUUGCUGCUUUGGCGUCUCAGCAGCCCAUCGUUGUGGCCCAUAACGCUGUCGAGACCAAGCUGUCACCAACCGCCAUCUCAAUGAUGCUCUUCAGCAGCAUGGUGGGCAGUGCGAUCAGUCUUGCUAUUGCGCAGGCAGUCUUUCUUAACAAGCUUCAGGGCAAUCUCCGCCCAGUCCAAGGAGUCGACGUGGACAAGAUCAUCCGAAGUGGCGCAACCGAGCUUCGCCAUAUCGUUGAUCCAUCAUUGCUACCAAAGGUUCUCGAACUUUACAACCUUUCUAUUGUUCAAGUUUUUUACAUGGCUUUGGCUGCUGGUAUUGCUAUGACAGUCGCAUCACUUUUAGUCAAGUGGACGAGGAUCUUGGAAAAGAGGCCCAAAGACGCAGAAAACUGUGCACCUUCGCCCGUCACAUCAGCCGGUAGUGGAGUGACCGAGCCUGAAGACAGAGAAAACACCGAGACAACCACGGAAACUAUCGUCGAGAAGGAUAAAGAUUAAUUCAUAGAUAACUUCGGAAGGUCACAGUGUACAAGUAGCAUCUUGGGUCUGUUGUUUUAUGCAGUUUGUUUAUACUUACAUGUACGCACGCUUGGGUCUGAUUAGUUUUAUCAUUUGUUCAUGAUAUUUUAUCUUCUUUGGUGGACUGGCUCAAUAUACUUUCAUUCCUAUGUUAAA